AUGUCAUCGCAGAGAACUGAUGAGAAGAGUGUAAUGCAAGCUCCGUUGCUUGACAAAAAUGAAGAAAUCUGUUUUCGUUGUAUGGAUUGCAAGACACGUUAUGAAUGCGUCAUCCAAGCACUUCUAGAUCUUAACCUUUCCGACGCCAAUAGUCAAGGAUAUGACCGCGACUCAUACCUACUCCUUAUUCAGGGUACAUUCACACGGUUUGAGGCAUGGGCUUCCAGUAUUUCGACCUUUCAAGAUGUUGUGUUGAGGAAGAAACUCGAGUUUAGCCUCAACGAUGGUGCAGAUAUAAAACAGAUGGUUAUGAGAACCCUGGGAAAUCUCCAAACGUCGCUCUAUGAAGCCUGGUUGAUCAUCGCCCAAAAGAAAGUGAAUGAGUCAUGGACCAUACAAGAAUAUAGCGACUCUGACGAUGAAGGAACCACCAUAGAGGCUGAAAAAACCUCGGAACUACAAGAACUGUCAAAAGCAAUGGAAAAUUCAAACAAAAUAUUGUUCAAGGUUUCUAACCUUGUUCAAAUAAUCUCGAGUACAGACGACUAUCUCAAGGCAGCGACCCUAUAUCAAUCCGAGUUCGAUCCCAAUGUUGAUAUUUGUCUCGUAAAAGAACAAUACGGAUCUGCCAGUGGCGUUGAUGAUUGGUUAAUUACCCGUCUUGGAAAGUCAUUGACAAGACGACGUCGAUAUCUCAAAUAUAUUGAAAAUUACCCUAAGGAAUCAAUAAGGAAUUGCGACAAUAUUGCAGUCGCCGAAGAAGAACCUGUUACAGCUGCUCUAACAAAGGACUCAAUUUCGAUUGACAAAUCUACACUGACACGAAAGGAUGAAUCAGAGUCAGGUGACUCACAGGGAUCGCAAAGUUCUGAUGAGGCCACAUCUGUUGGAGAAUGUGCGGACAAGCUGAAUGUUCCAUCACAUCCAUUCAUGGAAUUUGAGAAUUUUCCCAUCCAGUUUAGUGUUCCAUUCCAAUGCCCAUAUUGUCGCACGGAGCAGGUACCUAAGGAUCGUGCUGCAUGGAAGGAACAUGUAUUCAGAGAUCUUAGACCCUACAUCUGUAAGUUCAAAGAAUGCGAAUUGAAGAUGUUCUGUAGUUUAGAUGGAUGGUUUUCGCAUGAGCUCUGCAACCACCGUAGAGAGUGGGUGUGCGAAAUGUGUCAGCAUACUCCAUUCUCAUCUUCACCAGCCUACGAAGAUCAUUUAAGAUCAGAGCAUCAGAUCAAUGACAAGGGAUCGCAACUCAGAGCGUUGGUGUUACAAGGUGAGGAACCAGUGGAUGAUGUUUCCGCUACGGCGUGUCCGUUCUGCGACAACUGGGAAAAGAACAUCGCCGAAGCAACAAAGGACAAGUACAUGAGACUCAUGACAUUCAAAGAACAUCUAGGAAAGCAUAUGGAGCAGUUGGCAUUACUCUCCUUGCCCAUAAAAGAGGGGAAAAUGUAA